AAUACGAGAGUGCGCGCGAGAAAUGCAGUGCGAGACACGCACCGAGCAGUCCAUAUAAACCCACCGAUUCAGCGCGCACAGACAAAAAUCACUGGAAAAACACAGCAGACGCUUGUUUAACGAGCGACAGGAAAGGCCACCGCCGACGAGGUAAAAUGGGAGGGAAGCUAAGCAAAAAGAAGAAGGGAUACAAUGUGAACGACGAGAAGGCAAAGGAGAAGGACGCAAAGACGGAGGGAGCGUCGGCGGAGGAGGGUGAAGCUCAAAAAGAGAACAAGGAGGAGGCUACCGCUACCACGGAGACCACCAAUGACACGGCGGCAGCCGUCAAAGAAGCCACGCCUGGUGCUGAGAGCAAUUCCACUGCGCCCAAGGAGGAGGAGAAAGGUUCCGCCCCUGCGAAAAAGGAUGAGCCUGCAGCUAACGCUAAUGCUAGUGCUCCUAAAGCCUCUGAAUCCAAGACCGCCGAGGCUGGCAAAGCGGAACCCGCCAAGAGUCCUGAUGCCCCUCCAGCCAAAGCUGAGGAAAAAUCCACCCCGGCAAAUGAGAAGGAGCCAGCGAAAGAGGCUGCCCUUCCUGCUAAAGAUCCCGCCCCCCCUGUAGCUACAGUGACGGAGAGCAAGGCUGACACUGAGUCUAAAAAGACUGAGGCUCCGCCCGCUAAAGAAUCCACCCCUGCAGAGCCAAUCACCAAGGAGACCAGCCCCGCCCCUAAUAAGGAGCAAGCAGUGGCUGUGCAAGAUUAACAGAAGGAACAGUGAACGGCAAGAUUAAUGACAAAAUGCAAGCAAGAUCAAAUUGAAAUAAUAAAACUAGCCCGCCCAGUUUAAACGACGUCAGUGAUUAUAAUAUUAAUAAUGAUAAUAGUAACAGUAACGGUAAUGAUUUUAACAGGCUGAACUUUGAUCAUCGUUUUGGUGAUGGACAUGAUCAUGAUGAUGAUGAUAAGACCGACAAGUGAUGUUAAUGAUAUUAUCUUUUAAAUUGAACUUUGAUACAAACCACCAGCCCCCCAACUCUUUCUCUCUCUUUCUCUAUACCUCUCUCUUCGUACCUUUCUUCCACCUCUAUUUAAUGAGGGGGUGGAACAAAAAACAUGAAUCCCUUCAUUGCCGCCGUUACCUCCCUUCAUUUGAGUGUGAUGUAAUGGCAGUGGGUGGGGUUAAUAUAUACUGUAUGUGUGCGUGUGUGCGUGCGUGUGUGGUAUUAGUAGUCCAGCCUCCCUGAUACACAUUUCAUCGUUCCUGUUUGCUGCUUUCUAGUUUGUGAUUGGCAUUGUGUCUUUGCUUCUCACCUAAGUUUCUUUCUCUCUCUCUCUCUCUCUCUCUCUCUCUCUCUCUCUCUCUCUCUCUCUCUCUCUCUCUCUCUCUCUCUCUCUCUCUCUCUCUCUCUCUCUCUCUCUCUCUCUCUCUCUCUCUCUCUCUCUCUCUCGCUCUUUCUCCUGUAUCAGUGGAAAGUCAUUGUACAGCACAAUGCAUCACACACACAUACACACACAAAUACAGUAUUGUUGAAUGUUAGAAGUAUUAAUAUGUUUAACCAUGUUAAAGGUGUGACAGUGUGUGUGGAGACAGUAUGGCACAAAGUAUAAAAUGAGUGUUUGCGGUGUUUAUGAAGUGAUGCACAAUUUGAGCACCUGUAAGUGUUUGCGUGUGUGUGUGUGUGUGUGUGUGUGUGUGUGUGUGUGUGUGUGUGUGUUAUUGGAGUUCUGGUCUUUCUGUACUUUGAAAGCAGCAGUUGUCAUGAUUUCAGAGAGAGAGAGAUAAAGAGAGAGACCCCAGACCUCCGAACUCACCGAACAGGACACACUUCUUACACACACACAUCAUUCUCUCCAAAUACUGAAACAAUGCGAGUGCUGUGUGUUGUGUGAUAAUGUGUGUGUUUUGCAUGUCAGUGGUUGGCCCUAUUGUUGUGUAUUUUUGGUUGCUGUGAAGAUAAAUGUUGCUACAGGUGAUAUUUCAUUUGAAUUAACAGACAUGACCUCCCUCUUUCUAUUUCUAUCUGUUUCUUUCACUAUCAUUCCUUUUCUUUCCAAAACUCCCUGUUAAAAUAAAAAACAUGAAAUGGAUGAAUCCAGAUAUAUGUACUUGUAUACAUGGAGCAACAUUAAUAAAAAGAAAGAACCACAGAUUGAAAAUCA